AUGCGGGACCUGACCCAGGGGCAGAGCGCGGCUGUGCGGCAACCCUCACCUUCAAGACCCGCGCUCCCAUCGCCUGGCCAAGUGGCUCCGCACACCCUGCCGCCCCGCCCGGCUGCAGCGGUCCUGGAGCAGCCGGCCGGCCUGAGCGCCCCUCGCAGCCGCACGGUCGUUCUCCACUGCCCGCCGCCAUGGACGUGUACCCCCCGCGCGGGCUGGGGAUGCCUCGCCUGCGGCCCCCCGGCGGCUCCAGCCGCGGGUCGCCCUUCAUCAGGAAUCGAUAGCAGGUACAAUGAAGGCUGCAGAGAGCUGGCAAAUUAUCUUCUGUUUGGUUUGUACAAUCAGAAUAGCAGUGAUUUUGAGAAAACAGGGUUUUCUGAAGAAGUUCUAGAUGAUAUAAUUAUAUUGAUUAAAUCAGAUAGUGUCCAUCUGUACUGUAAUCCUGUAAACUAUCGCUAUCUCUUACCCUAUGUGGCACAUUGGAGAAAUCUGCAUUUCCACUGCAUGACUGAAAAUGAGUAUGAAGAUGAAGAAGCUGCAGAAGAAUUUAAAAUUGCCAGCUUUGUGGACAUGGUUCGAGACUGUAGUAGAAUCGGCAUUCCUUACAGCUCCCAAGGUCACUUGCAGAUAUUUGAUAUGUUUGUGGUGGAAAAAUGGCCGAUUGUACAGGCCUUUGCACUUGAGGGCAUUGGAGGGGAUGGUUUUUUUACCAUGAAAUAUGAGUUGCAGGAUGUGAGUUUGAAUCUAUGGAACGUCUACAGCAAGAUGGAUCCUAUGUCUCUGGAUAAUUUGCUUUCAGAAGAUUUAGUGACUUUUGAACACCAAUGGACUAGCUUCUUUGCUAAUUUUGACACAGAAAUUCCUUUCCUCCUGGAGCUUUCUGAAUCCCAAGCGGGUGAUGACAACAAGCUGCCCAAGAAAGCUGAGCAAAUUAGGCUCUUAUCCCAGGUAUAUGCCGCUGUUGUUGAGGCUGUUCUGGCUGGCAUUGCAUGUUAUGCUAAAACUUCCAGUCUAACAAAGGCCAAGGAGGUAGCAGAGCAAACCCUGGGAUCUGGGUUAGAUUCCUAUGAGUUGAUGCAAUUUAAGGCAGCCCUACGCUCCAAGAUGGCUUUUCAUAUACAUGCUGUGAAUAAUCAGGGAAGAAUUGUACCUCUGGACGGUGAAGAUAGCUUAUACUUUGUGAAGACGGCUUGUAUGACUGUUUAUGACAUUCCUGACUUGCUAGGAGGAAAGGGGUGCUUAGGAUCUGUGGUCUUCUCAGAAUCAUUUUUGACAUCUCAGAUCUUGGUUAAAGAAAAGGAUGGCACUGUUACCACAGAAACCAGCUCCAUAGUCCUGACAGCGGCCAUACCCAGAUUCUGCUCCUGGCUGGUAGAAGAUAAUGAAGUAAAAUUGUCUGAGAAAACCCAGCAAGCAGUGAGGGAAGAUGAGUGUUUCCUGGGCAAUUUUCUAACAGAAGGAGACGGAGCAUAUCUUUAUCCCAGCAAUCCACAGUCCUGGCCUGAGGAAGGGAAAGUGCAUUUCUUCUCUAGUGGCCUUCUGUUUUUUCACCGUCAUCAUGGAAGUAUCAUCAUUUCCAAGAAUCACAUGAAUUCCAUUUCGUUCUAUGAUGGGGACUCCACCAGUGUUGUUGCUGCCCUUCUGAUAGACUUCAGAAGCUCACUGCUGCCUCAUCUUCCAAUUCAUUUCCAUGGAUCAAGCAAUUUUCUGAUGAUUGCCCUUUUCCCCAGAUCAAAGAUAUACCAAACAUUUUACUCAGAGGUCUUCUCCCCCUGGCAACAGCAGGCUAAGUCAGGGCUCUCUUUAAAAGUGGUCCAGGAAGAUGGAUUAUCUGUGGAACAAAGGAGAUUACACUGCAACGCACAGAAGCUCUUCAGCGCCCUGAGCCAUCCUGCUGGGGAGAAACGGAGUCCUCUAAAGCUGCUAUCAGCCAAACUCCCAGAGCUGGACUGCUUCUUGGGAGUCAUUGUAAAACCUGACCUCUUUUCCUGUGGCAAGGGGUUUCUCAUCAAAAGCCCCAGUGAUAAUGGUUUCAAAAUAGUGGGCUCUCAACCAGCCAGGGCCCUCCAUCCUUUUCUUCACUGCCAGGAUUGCUUUCUCCUGUACAGAUUCACUGGGCAUGAUGUCUGUGGGAAUGUAUUGGUCACAUUUGAAUCCACUAGCGGGAACUGGCUGAGCCUACAGGGCCAGGACAUCAGGUGGCCCCCUGCUGAGAUUGCGUUUGCUAUCUCCAGGUGGAUGGUGUACCGCCAGCUCAUGGACAGCUCCGAAUGUUUUCAUGCUGCCCACUUCCAGAGAUACCUUUCCAGUGCCUUGGAGGCCCAACAGAACCGCUCUGCCCGCCAGUCAGCCUACACCCGCAAGAAGACGAGACUGCUGGUGGUGUUACAAGGCUAUACAGAUGUUAUUGAUGUUGUCCAGGCCCUGCAGACCCAUCCAGACUCAAAUGUCAAGUCCUCCUUUGCCAUUGGUGCCAUCACAGUGUGCGUGGAGCCCCUGAGUUGCUACAUGGAGCACAGAUACAUGUUUGGGAAAUGCAUAGAUCAUAUUGCCAAAGGCUUGGUGAGUAAUGUGGUGUUCACCAGUCACACCACGGAGCAGAGGCACCCUCUCCUUGUUCAGCUGCAGAGCCUCAUCAGGGCUGCCAAUCCUACCGCAGCCUUCAUUCUUGCAGAAAAUGGGAUCAUCACCAGGAAUGAAGACAUUGAGCUGAUUCUUUCGGAAAACAGUUUUUCAAGUCCUCAGAUGCUACGAGCUCGAUAUUUAAAGUACCCUGGCUGGUAUGAAGGUAAAUUUGAUUCUGGAUCAGUCUUUCCACUAAUGGUUCAGAUCUGCGUGUGGUUUGGUCGGCCCUUGGAGAAGACUCGCUUUGUGGCCAAAUGUAAAGCAAUUCAGUCCUCCAUCAAGCCAAGUCCCUUCUCUGGAAACAUCUACCACAUCCUGGGCAAAGUGAAGUUUUCAGACUCUGAGAGGACCAUGGAGGUCUGCCACAACACUCUAGCCAAUUCCUUAAGCAUUGUGCCGGUGUUGGAGGGACCCACUCCACCACCUGACUCCAGAAGCACACCUCAAGACAACAGUGGGCAGCAGGAGUGCUACCUUGUGUUCAUCGGCUGCUCUCUGAAGGAAGAAAGUGUCAAGGACUGGCUGCGGCAGUCAGCUAAGCAGAAACCUCAGAGGAAAGCCCUGAAGACCAGGGGGAUGCUGACCCAGCAGGAGAUCAGGACUAUCCACGUGAAACGCCACCUGGACCCCCUACCUGCAGGCUACUUUUAUAAUGGAACUCAGUUUGUCAACUUCUUUGGUGACAAGACCGAUUUUCACCCACUCAUGGACCAGUUCAUGAACGACUAUGUGGAAGAAGCCAACCGGGAAAUUGAGAAGUACAACCGUGAGCUGGAGCAGCAGGAGUAUCAUGACCUCUUUGAGCAGAAGCCCUAGAGGAAGGCGAGACCCAUAUAUCCUGCAGAACGUCUCUCCUGGAGACUGAUGAAACGGGGCAUCUUAACCUCAGCUCUCCUGGAGGAGCUGCCUUUGUUCUCGUUGGCCUGUGUGUGCUGGCUUGAGUGCAUGUUGUCUUUAUUCUCUAUACAGCGCUGAAGAGCAUCACUUGGACCACUGGAGGGUCGGGGAGGGGUCCUUGUGGAGGGUGAACAGACAGGGACUGCCCUGUGUAUGGAGCUGGCAGUCCAGGACCUCUGGGUCUCUGAUAAUAGUAUCUCCUCUGGGCUGUUGAGGCACUGUGUGAGGGUGGGAAGAAGCAUUCGGAUUCCACAGAGGAUCUGCCAGGACUCAGAAGGGACCCUGGCUACCCAAACUAUGGCCAUGCCUUGGGGGACCAAGCCACCGCAGGCUUCAGGUCUCAGACACUGCCCCAUGAGGGCCUUCAUCCCCAAUGGAGUGCCUGCCUCCUCUGCUUAGGCCCCUUCCACUGAAGGAGCUGGCCCUGGGCCCAGGCCUGGGGUGAGCAGGACAAGCCCUGCCCAGCCCAGCCCACAGAGCCAGCAGCUUGGGUGAAAUCAACAGGUUGUUCUAAAAUGAGGGGAUUUCGCUUAUGGACUAAACUGAGGGGAAAGGCACGGAGCUUUCCAGAAGUGUGCUGCAGAGUUGACACACUCAGUCCCCAUUGUAAUUGGUUCGUGAGCUCCCCUGAUGGCACCACUCUGGUUUCCCCAAUUCAGAGACAAGAGCUGCCCAGCUGUUGAAGCCUCCCUGAUGAUGCUUUGCCUCACUGUAGAGGGAGAGCAUCCUGGUGAGUUUUAGGCGCAGGAGGGUGUCCUUGAAAGGGGUUCAGUCUUCAGCGUCUAGCUCUUCCAUCAGCUUUGCCAGGGGAGGCCUGGCUUCCAGACACAAACUUCAGGAAAUUCAUGCUCCCAAGUAUUGUUGCUGGCCCUGGACUUGUUUGGCUCCUGAGGACCAGGAAUUGCAAAUUCCCAAUGCCCACGUUAGAAUUCCUUCCAGUGGCUUAGUUCUCCACUGACCAUAAAGCAGAAAGGAAUGACGAGGAAGGUCGCAGGCACUGAUGUUAGGUGAUGUCUUUAGGACUUCAGCGCCUCAGCUGCCUGGAUUGUAAAUGCUUUCUGAAUUUCACAUAAUUUUUGCAUGCCUUAGGAAGAAGCACAUAGGUAAAACCAGCAAAGAGUUUCCAGUAAUGUAGAGGGGUUUUGAGAAAGACCCCUGGUGCAGAGGAGAGACAGGCAGGAGCACACAUGGCAAGCAGCAAAGCCAUUGUCAAAGGCUCAUCAGUAAAACGUACUUGAAAUAGAAAGGAACAAUUUGUAUAUGAAACCAAACGAACGAAACUCCAAAUUCCAUUGAAUAAGAAAUCUUGCAUUAAAAGGGCUUCUGAAAAGGCCUGUGUGCUUCAGCCUAGCUCCGAAAGCCACUAGCUACAAGGGCCCAGCUGUGGAGCCGAGGUCUGGGAGCCCCUCACUUCUGGCUGGCCGGAUGUUGGGGUCCACAGCAGGCCUGCCUCUGCUUGAGAGUCAAUAACAUAUGUAGAUUUUAAGUGCAAUUGAUUAAAUAAGCAAUGAGUUACUGUAGCUUCCUUUAGCUGUACCGAGCUCUUUUUAAAAACUCAAACUUGAGCAGCCUUAGAAAAGG